GGCUUUCAGAAAGCUGUCUUUAAUCUUACCGAACCAGGCUUAUGAUAGCUAUUUACGAUAUUAAAAGUUAUUUGAAAUUCACUUCCUCAAGUAAGGCAGACGGAGAAGUUUCUCCUCGGUUCGUUUGAUAACUUUUCUUUUCAAUCAAAAACAAGUAAAGCUUUGCAAACACAAUUUUCAUUGACGUUGAUUUCUAUGCAGUGCUUCAUCGCCAUAAGAAAGGUUGAUGUUUUUAAUUUGUUCUAAACCUUACAAAAUAAAAAUUCACAAGUAAAAUUAUAUGCCCAUGUGAAUUAACAAAAAGCGGGCUAUCUUUGUGCGCCAUUUGAUGUAUUGCACAUAGAACUAAAAGUGCCGUAUUCCGGAUUCUCCAGAUAACCUCAAGAUGAAUAACAGCAGUAUGUCUACAGGGGUCCAUAUGCAUAUCAAUGAAAGAUUGCCUGUUACACCCGUGGUUGUAACUCUUUCGUUUUUAUCGCUUGGCACUGUGCUCGGAAACAGCUUGGUAUUUACAGCGAUCCUCAUUAAGCCUGCACUUCACAGCGUCACAUAUCUGUCUGUGUUCAGUUUAGCGAUUGCUGACUUCUUAGUAGGAAUACUUGCCAUGCCCAGUUACAUCCUCAAAAAGUUUUCCAUGGCAGAGUCUGUCGAUAUCAUCAUAUGCGACGUAUUCCGGUUUUCGUAUUUUCUCACCGGAUAUGCCUCUAUCCUGAGCCUUUCAGUCAUCAGCGUUGAACGCCUGCUCGCCGUAAAGUGGCCGCUGAGAUAUGCAACCGUUGUCACACACGAACGAGUUAUCACGGGCUUGUUACUCACUUGGUUUGACGCGAUAGUAAUAUCACUGCUACCGUUUGUUCCAUGGGAGUCAGAUUCUCCUAAUAAGGAGUGUAAUUACGAACCUACACGCUGGUGGAGCAUUAUGGUCAUUGUAACCAACGUUAUAUUGCCAUUCGUAAUCAUAACAACUUGCUAUAGCUAUUUGUAUCUCACUGCCAGGUCGCACAUAAAGAAGAUAUUGAGUGACAGAAAGAGCCUGGGAGAUACUGAAACCCGGAGACCGCGACAAACGAACGAACGUAAAGCAAGCACCACAAUUUUAAUUGUUAUUGGAGUCUUUGUGGCCACUUGGUUCCCCUCAUGCCUUUAUUACUUCCUGUUAAAGACCUGUCCGCAAUGUUUUUCAGAUUCAUUCAGAAGUAAACAGAGUAUUUUAAAUGCUUUCGUAAAAAUUUUGACGUUUACAUCGUCCUUUGCUAAUCCUGUGAUUUAUUGCUGGAGAAGUCGGCAUUUCAGAAGAGCUUUUUUGGAGAUUUUGGCAAGACUGUCUAGGAAGUUUUCUACACUGCAAAGAAAGGAUAGCAACAGCACUGAAGUUGGUCGCUACAGAAGAAACACAAUAACCAGCAUUGGUAAAACAGAGGCCUGUAAUGUUUUCGUGUCUCAAAUGGACGAAGGCAAAUACAUUCCAAUUACCUUAAGCAAACCUAAAACCGAUUCGAGGAGAGAUCACGAAGUGAAAGAUGAACAACUUUGACACGUGCUUGUAAUGAAGGAGAGCUAAAAUAGACACAGAUGUACAAUAAAACUUUAUAUGUCAAAACAGAAGUUUUGAACAACGAAGCAUUCAAUGACAUUAGUAAAAGUAGCUUUGAGUACACCUUGGUCAACUAGCAAAUUCGACAUAAAUAGCAAUCGCUUUGAUGUAAACUGAAUUGUGUGGACAACAUGGAUUGGAUUAGAUUUGUUUGGUUUUAUCUUGAGGGUUGCCCUCAAGACAUUUCAGAAUUGCUUUGAGAUCUAUUGACAAACGGACCUAGCUAUUCUUGAACGAAGGUCUAAAAUGACAUAAAUUAUAGCAAAUGGAUCUCUUGAAGUAGAUGCUAAAAUCAGCAUCAUCAUCAUCAUCAUUAUCACAUCAUAAUCAUCAAGAAAUGUAAGUUAGAGUUGAGC